GUAGUUGUGGAUGCAAUUGUUGGUGUGUUGAAAGCAAGUUGCUUGUGCUCUAUCAUCUUCUUUCUUCUUCCUCCUUCCUCCUUCCUCCUUCCUCCAUUUCUUUGGGCUUUUUGGUUCACCGUCUUGAAAGAGUUUCAACAAAUCCAAUCCCACAUCCACCGCCAUUCAACGCAACUUCCCCAACUCCUUCCAACAACUCUGCAAAUUCCAACUUCGCUUAUCCAAGCUCUUUUCGUGGCUUCUAUCUGGAUAUCAAUGUUGAGCACUUGUGCAGUUUCAUCUUCACCUUUGCCCAUAUUACCACCGGUGAGAACAGGUGGUCAGCACAACAAGAGGAAUAUUGUUUCUUCAGAUAACUUUCCAGGACGACCACGGACGACUUAUAGUUCAAGAUCAUUGAAGCCUACUUAUACACAGUUUCCAUUUGGUACGAGAGCAUGUUCUGCUCGGACUGCAACUUUUAUAUGUGCUGCAGCUUUGAAUGCAAGAUGUGGUGCAGAGCAAACUCAAACUGUUACACGCCAAGCUCCAACAAUGACUCACGUUCCUGCGAAGGAGAAGUCACCACAACUUGAUGAUGGAGGAACUGGAUUUCCACCUGGCGACGAUGAUGAUGGCGGCGGUGGAGGUGGUGGUGGUGGAGGCAACUGGUCUGGUGGAUUUUUCUUUUUCGGGUUUCUUGCUUUUCUUGGAUUCUUAAAGGAUAAGGAAAGUGAAGGUGACGCAUACAAGAGUAGUAGGAGGAGGUGAGGAUUAGAAUCAGACCAAUGCAUGCUUUGCUUGAAGGUUUUGGUACUGAAUUUCUUGGGAUUUCCUUCCUCAUAGUGACUGUAGGUUAUAUUGGUUAGCUGGUGUAUUGAGCUUCAAUUAUAUGCUUCAUUAUGAUGAUAUGAUGUAUGCUACCAAAAUUUUGUAUUAUUAUUACAAAUUAAACUCUCCUUAAAACUUCACAA